AUUGUCUACCCCACGUUCUCUCGAAUCUUUAUGCUUUGCUUCUCCACUCCCAUUUUCUGCAUACCCACAUCUCUCACUCUCUCUCUCAUAGUGAAACAAUGUAGAGUUUGUUCUUGGGUUUAUAGGUUUCAGUGAUGCCUCAUUUUCGCGAUGUUCCAUUGUUUUGUAUAUGUGUUUUUUGAAAUUUUCUGUGUGAUUUUCUCCUCGUUGUUGUUUUCUGGGAAGUUGGUGACAGAUUUUUCUCAAAUAUAUAUCUGAGUGCUGUGGAGAAUAGGGAAAUAAGGGAAGAUAGAAAGGGAAUCUUGAAAUUUAUGUUUUAUGCUGUUUUAUUUUCAAAAUGUUAAAAACUUCAGCUUAGUUAGUCCAAGUUUUUGUGUUAAUCGCAGUUGACUAACUUGACUGGGUAGUUUUUGUUUGUCUGGGUCCUAGAUAAUGGUGAAAAAUCUAAGAUUUAAUGUUUUGAUUCAUUUCUUUUUCCUGCGUUUUCUCAGCAACCAGGCAGAAUGUGUGUUAAGUAUUUAAUGUGAUUUAGUGAUUUUUGGUAUUUAACAGAAUAGAAGGGAAGGUCGGGUUGGAGGGCAACUAUGGCUAUGGCUGCGGUUCAGUUAUUGGGGAUUUUGUUCUUCUGGUGGUGCUGGACAGUUACGGGGAAUAUAGAUUAUGUGAAAUAUAAGGACCCUAAGCAGCCGGUGGCGGUUCGGAUGGAGGACCUUAUGAGUCGAAUGAGCCUGGAAGAGAAGAUUGGCCAGAUGGUUCAGAUCGAUCGGACUGUUGCCUCUGCUGAGAUAAUGAGAGAUUACUUCAUAGGAAGUGUUUUGAGUGGUGGUGGUAGUACACCGCUUCUGGGAGCUAGUGCGGAGGAUUGGGUUAAUAUGGUUAAUGGCUUCCAGCAGGGAUCCCUUUCUACCCGUUUGGGGAUUCCAAUGAUCUAUGGGAUUGAUGCUGUCCAUGGGCACAAUAAUGUCUAUAAUGCUACAAUAUUUCCCCAUAAUAUUGGACUUGGAGCUACCAGGGAUCCUGAACUUAUAAAGAGGAUUGGUGCUGCAACUGCUCUUGAAGUUAGGGCUACAGGGAUUCCUUAUGUCUUUGCUCCAUGCAUUGCAGUGUGUAGGGAUCCACGAUGGGGCAGGUGUUAUGAAAGCUACAGUGAGAAUCCCCAGAUUGUCAAGAACAUGACGGAGAUUAUACCUGGGUUACAAGGGGAUCUUCCCAGCUCUCGAAAGGGAGUUCCAUAUGUUGCUGGAAUGAACAAGGUUGCAGCUUGUGCAAAGCACUUUGUUGGUGAUGGUGGGACAACCAAUGGUAUCAAUGAGUACAACACUGUCAUUGACAUCCAUGGGUUGCUCAGCAUCCACAUGCCAGCAUAUGAUGAUUCAAUCAUCAAAGGUGUCUCAACAGUCAUGGUGUCCUACUCCAGCUGGAAUGGGGUAAAGAUGCAUGCUAAUCGCGAUCUAGUCACCAGAUUCCUCAAGGACACCCUUAAGUUUAAGGGUUUCGUUAUUUCAGAUUGGCUGGGCAUUGACAAAAUUACUUCACCACCUCAUUCAAAUUACACAUACUCUGUGCAAGCUGGCAUUCAUGCUGGCAUUGACAUGGUCAUGAUACCAUUCAACUUUACUGAGUUUAUUGAUGAUUUAACUGACCUGGUCAAGAGCAAUAUUAUCCCAAUGGAUCGUAUUGAUGAUGCUGUGGGGAGGAUUUUGCUAGUCAAGUUUGGCAUGGGUCUGUUUGAGAACCCGUUGGCAAAUCUCAGCCUGAUUGAUGAGCUUGGAAAGCAGGAGCAUAGAGAGUUGGCAAGGGAGGCGGUGAGGAAAUCACUCGUGCUGUUGAAGAAUGGGAAAAAUGCAGAUAGUCAGUUGUUGCCUCUUCCCAAAAAGGCACGAAAAAUUUUAGUUGCUGGUAGUCAUGCUGAUAACUUGGGUUAUCAAUGUGGUGGGUGGACUAUCACUUGGCAGGGAUUUAGUGGCAAUAACUACACAAGAGGAACUACUAUCCUUGGUGCCAUAAGAUCAGCAGUUGACCCAAGCACAGAAAUCAUUUUCCGUGAGAACCCUGAUGCUGAGUUUGUCAAAUCCAACAACUUUGCUUAUGCUGUUGUGGUUGUCGGUGAGCACUCAUAUGCUGAGAGUGCUGGGGACAGCCCUACCCUGACAAUGAUAGAUCCUGGCCCAAGUGUUAUUACCAAUGUCUGUGGGGCUGUCAAGUGCACUGUUAUUAUCAUCUCUGGUCGACCUAUUGUUAUUGAACCACAUGUUUCCUUGAUUGAUGCCCUAGUAGCAGCAUGGUUACCAGGAACUGAAGGUCAAGGUGUUACUGAUGUCCUAUUUGGGGACCAUGGGUUCACCGGAAAGCUUUCACAAACUUGGUUCAGAACUGUAGAUCAGCUCCCAAUGAAUGCUGGGGACCCACACUAUGACCCACUCUUCCCUUUGGGGUUUGGACUCACGACUGAUUCAAUUGUUGCAAGGUCAAUGUCAGCUGCUGCUCAUCGAGAACCAUGUUUAUUUAUCAUUAUGGUUUUUGUUUUCAUCAGUUUGCAGUUGACAGGAAAGAAUGUGCAGACUACAGGGUCUUCGUCCCCAAUCCCUAGCUCUUGGGCUCUGCCCCUCUCUCUCUGCAACUGCCAUAUAUAUAUAUAUAUAUAUAUAUAUAUAUAUAUAUAUAUAUAUGUACAGGCCAAACGCCCAGGAAUAGCAGUUGAGAUUCGUCCUCUUGCAGUGAUUUCUCACAGCAUCAUUUUUUUCAUUCUCGCUGGCAAAUUCAUGGUCCUAGAGUUUGCUUGUUUCAGAUGCGGCUGAUGGCAGUAUUCGGAGAAGCUUCAUAUGUAUAACUUUCUCGGGUUUAGCAGGUUUUGAAUGAGUUUCAAAAGGGUUCAGAGUUACAGUACUCGUAAGAUCGAUGGUGUGUCUUGUGUGAAAGCAAGUGUUUCUAGGCUCGUUGUCAUAAAAAGGAGUCCUCCAUUUUUAUGAAACACCCAUUCUUCAACUCAAGAAAUACAAAUAUUUGAUGAUUCACAAUUCA